CAUGACGUCUAGCGAAAAGGGUAAGCCGUUGCCAAAAUAUGGUGAGUGGGACGUGAACAACCCUGCCUCAGCCGAUGGAUUUACGGUCAUCUUUGCCAAGGCUAGGGAUGAAAAGAAGGGCAACAACCCCAGCGGAGGUCAAGGCCAGCCCAACAAGGAACCGGCUCGAACGCAAUCGCGGUCGUCGACCCAAUAUGACCCUAACAAGAAAAAGUGGCUUUGUUGUUUCUGAAAUGCCAAUGUCGAUGCCAUAUUGUGAGCGAAACUACAAAUGUAAUACCAUAGGAAACUUAAAAUCGAGAGCUUGGCUUGGUACGAUUGUCUUCGGAUCGAUUAGAUGUUCGAGUUGGCGCAAUCAGAGAAGUAAAUGAGGAACCAUUAUUGAUAUUUAGAAAAAAAAAUAUUUUGGUUCAUCAGAUAAAGGGUAGAUACAUAGAUAAUUUUGUUAGGAU